AUGAGAAGCAGGCAUGUGCUGCUGAAGCUUUUUCUUAAUGAGGCCCUUCUGGAAAUUGCGCUGCUGUUGUGGCUGGGGUCGCGUGUCCUGGCCGUGUGCCCCUCCAUGUGCUCCUGCAGCCGCAGCCACAGGGAGGUGGACUGCUCGUGGAGGGGUCUGAGACACCUGCCCGACGGCCUGCAGCACAACCUGCGCUCCCUUAAUCUGUCCCACAACCGCUUUCAGAACCUGGACGGUCAGCUCACGGCGUACACUCAUCUCCGCAUCCUUGAUUUGUCCCACAACCGGCUCAACCAGCUGCCCGCGGAUUUGCCUCGUUCCCUCUGGCAGAUCUACGCCGCCUCCAACCGCAUCCUGGUGCUGGAUAAGAAUGACACGGUCUACCAGUGGAACCUGCGAAAGCUUGACCUUUCCCAUAACAAGCUGGAGAGGGCCACCUUUAUCAACAACACACUGAUCAAGCUGUGCACACUCAACCUGAGCCACAAUCACUUCUGGACUUUGCCCACCAACCUGCCAAUAAACCUGGAGACUAUUGACCUGUCCCACAACUUGCUUGUGAACGUGCUGCCGGGCUCUCUGGACCGGCUCCCCAGACUGACUCACUUCUACCUGCAUGCUAAUCGCUUUUCCUCGCUGCCCUUUGGCGUGUUGGACAAGACGACGUCGCUGAGAGUCAUCACUCUGGGCGACAACCCCUGGGCCUGCCACCUUUACGCCGACACUGCCUACCUAGUCUCCUGGACCCAGCAUACGUCUGCACGUGUCCUGGGCUGCCCCUGCCACACCCAGCCCGUCUGUGGAGGGGUGCGCCCUGGCAGGACUGGAGGGUGGCACUUUGCCUCCUACAACUUGCCCCCUCUGGCUGCUAGUGCCCAGGAUCUGAGCUCUCCGCCCCCUGAGGACAGUGUCACCGGGUGGUGGUACUUUAGCGUUUCUGCUCUGCUGAGCACCCCACACACCCCUAAAGAGACUCUGAACACACCCACCCUGACAUCCAGGAGCACAGGCACCAACCUAACCAUUAAUCACCUUUCUGCCACUGCGGCUGACAUAGAUCGCAUGUGGCACACCGAUUCUUAUCUCGUCUCUGACACAAAGGGAACCUCACCCACGGACUCAUUCCACGCCACUGACACAUCCGCUUUUUCUGACACAAGUCUCAUUACUGAAAAAUCCAUCAGGGAUGACAUGCGGCUGGCCACAGACCGAUUCUUUACAACAGAGAGUCCCUCCAUCCAAACAAAGAAAACAACCACUCUUCGCACCAGGAGCGUGAGGAGGCAGAAUCAGUCCCCUCCUCGCGCCAUCGGCGGCAGCAGCAGCCCGACUCUUGCUACCUGUUCAUUACUUCGCAAUCUGGUGCUGAUGUCUUUCAUCCUGCCUCAGCUCCUCUGA